UACACGCGCCUCUAGAAAAACAAGGUCGCGCGUUCGAGCACUGUAUGAAGAUAAGUGUGUGUUUUCGAAAGAUAAACAUCGGCCGCGAGGGUGAUCGUCAAUAAUAAUUAUCUGUCGACGAUCCGAUGAGUAUGAAUGGACGGGUACGCAGGUGCAAAGCCAGAUAUACCUGCGACACGGCCGGUUUUUUCCCCGCAACUUUCACUCCGAUGUGCGACGUUAACGUUGCAAUGUGAAUUUACUACGGUGAAUCUUGACGAUGCAGUCAGUGAUACUCGUGGUGUUUGUUUCGCACGAAGAAAGGAUUAUGUCUCUUCUUCGUGAGAUCCUCGUGUGAGUUCGUUUCUCGCCACGUGUCUCCUUCUUCGACAAAUAUCGAAAGGGAUUUGUCCGAUGCAGCUUGCGAAUUGUUUUGCAAGUACGUCUGAAAAUAAUAUCGACCAAACCGCCCUUAUGCCUAGGAAAACGCACGUUCGGUGGAAUGAUUUCGAUAAGCAGGAAACAACCAACAGGAUAAACAACAAGCCCUCGAACGUGGAUGAAUAUGACGUGAGAUCCGAAGGGCCGAGUAACAAGUCGGUAAACAGCGAUCUAUAUCAAGCGGUGUUCCCGAUCUAUCACCUCAGCAAACUGUCCGGUGUAUUUCCAAUGAGAUUUGUCCGACAGGCAUCCGGCAGAUAUCAAGGACGAUUGAGCAUUAUCGACAGCAUUUACAGCAUAUGCCUGUUAAUGUCCUUGAUCGGAGCCGAAAUCUGGGGCUUCUGGCGUGACCUGAGAGACGGAUGGGAGUUCAGCACCCGAUUAAAGUCUCAAAACGCGGUGAUCGUUACCUGCAGCGACGUGUUGGGUGUGAUGAGUCUCACGGCGGCCUCCGUCAUCAGUUCAAUUCUGCAAUGGAAGUACGUGCAUAUCGUUAUCGAUAAACUGGUCGAUUGCGACGAGAAGAUGGGCAUCGUCUCGCCGAGGAAGCUCCGGAAAUACACGAUUCUGAUGACGCUGAGCAGCCUCUCCUAUUCCAUCCUCAUCUCCAGCCUCGACAUUUACACGUGGAACCAAGUGAAGAUGGAUAAGAUGAUGAACGACAAGGGGCCGAUCAACUACCUCCCUUUAUACUUUAUGUACGUAGUCAUCAUCAUGAUAGAGGUGCAGUACGCGAUCGCCACGUACAACGUAGGCCAGAGGUUCUCCAGGCUCAACAAGAGCCUCGAGAAUAUCCUGAAGAGUAGCAGGAUCACGAAUCAGUUUCGGAAGGACCUUGGAUUAGCCGGCGACCUUCGUGAUCAAGGACAACUCGCUGCGUACCUUCGGCAGGAUCUGGGAAACGCUCGGAUGUUUCGGAAAUCGAAGAUUACGGACUCCUCUGUUACGAAUGCAAAUCCUUUUCCAGAUGACAAAGAUUCCCCGGAAAACAUACCCCAACUGGUGACUGUGCACGCGUCCUUGUGCGACACGGUGACGUACAUAAACAGCGCUUAUGGCGUGGUUAUACUUGUAGUCACGAUCACCUGCUUGAUACACUUGAUUAUCACGCCGUAUUUUUUAAUCAUGGAAGCCGACGGGAAGCGUCAGCCACUGUUCCUCGUGGUGCAAACGAUGUGGUGCAUCUUUCAUGUCUGGAGGCUGCUCAUCUUCGUACAGCCCACGUACGCCGCUACGAUUGAGGGAAAAAGGACGGCGAUCUUGGUGAGUCAAUUAUUAUCCAUGAGACACGAUAAAGAAAACAGGACGCAAUUGGAAAUUUUUUCGCUUCAACUUCUACACCGGCCCUUAGAGUUUUCAGCGUGUGGACUUUUUACUCUGGAUCGUGGCCUCGUGACCUCAAUUGCCGGCGCUGUCACCACGUAUCUCGUGAUAUUGAUACAGUUCCAAAAGGAAGACGACUCGAAAGGCAAUUUUGACAUCCUGAAGAACGCCACGCUGAUGCUAAGGAACGCAUCGACGCUUCAAAAUAUCACUACGGGAAAAUUAGGAAACACGCCAUGAUUCUUUAUCGUUUCCCAGCGGGAUUCUGUAAUGAAACUUCGCGAUUCUAUAAUAAAACUUUUUAAGAG